CAGAGGAGCCUGGUAGACUACAGUCCAUGGGGUCGCAAAGAGUCAGACACGACAGCGACUUCACUCACUCAUCUUCCAGCCUUUGUUGAGGGUUUUGUCCAGUUCUGGGCAUAGGAAUCCAUAGCUUAAAUAAGGCUUGAUCCUUGCCCUUGAAAGAAGUCUCGGUGGGAGAGAGAGAUAAAAAAGUGAAAAAUGUAUUACAUAAUGUGAUUACUUUCUUUGAAGACAAAAACUUUCAAGGCCGCCACUAUGACAGUGACUGCGACUGUGCGGAUUUCCACAUGUACCUGAGCCGCUGCAACUCCAUCAGAGUGGAAGGAGGCACCUGGGCUGUGUAUGAAAGGCCCAAUUUUGCUGGGUACAUGUACAUCCUACCCCGGGGCGAGUAUCCUGAGUACCAGCACUGGAUGGGCCUCAACGACCGCCUCAGCUCCUGCAGGGCUGUUCACUUGUCUAGUGGAGGCCAGUAUAAGAUUCAGAUCUUUGAGAAAGGGGAUUUUAAUGGUCAGAUGUAUGAGGCCACGGAAGACUGUCCUUCCAUCAUGGAGCAGUUCCACAUGCGGGAGGUCCACUCCUGCAAGGUGCUGGAGGGCGCCUGGAUCUUCUAUGAGCUGCCCAACUACCGCGGCAGGCAGUACCUGCUGGACAAGAAGGAGUACCGGAAGCCCGUCGACUGGGGUGCAGCUUCCCCAGCUGUCCAGUCUUUCCGCCGCAUUGUGGAGUGAUGAUACAGAUGCACACAAACACUGGCUGGCCUUGUCAUCCAAAUAAGCCUUAUAAAUAAAACAAUUGGCAUGCA